CCCCUCGCCAGUCCGGAGCGAGGGCGAACCAGAGGAGAGGGGCGUGGCUCGUUCUCCGGAGCCAGAGGUGGAGGCCCGGGCGGCGCGGCGGCGGCGUGGGGGGUCCGAGCAGUCCCCGCGCGUGAGGCCGCCGUGUUUGGUCGUUCCCCCGCGCUGAGCAGGGCUCUCCCGGUGGCGGUGGCGCUGCGGGUCGGAGGGCCGGCGCCGAGCACAGGUUUCCUAAAAGACAGAAAAAUGGGUGACUCCGUAAACCAAUUGCAGCCACUUAAUGAGAAGCAGAUAGCCAAUUCAGAAGGUGGAUAUGUGUGGCAGGUCACGGAUAUGAAUCGCCUGCACCGGUUUUUAUGUUUUGGUUCUGAAGGUGGGACUUACUAUAUCAAAGAGCAGAAGUUGGGCCUGGAAAAUGCCGAAGCCCUAAUCAGAUUGAUCGAAGACGGCAGGGGCGGUGAAGUGAUACAGGAGAUCAAGUCGUUUAGCCAGGAAGGCAAAGCCGCGAGGCAGGAGCCCGUGCUCUUUGCGCUGGCCGCCUGCUCCCAGUGCUCCGACCUGGGCACGAAGCGGGCCGCCUUCAAGGCCGUUGCAGAAGUCUGCCGAAUUCCUGCGCAUCUCUUCACUUUCAUCCAGUUUAAGAAAGACCUGAAGGAAAGCAUGAAAUGCGGCAUGUGGGGUCGCGCCCUGCGGAAGGCUGUCGCAGACUGGUACAAUGGGAAAGGUGGGAUGGCCCUUGCUCUGGCUGUGACGAAAUACAAACAGAGAAACGGCUGGUCUCACAAAGAUCUGCUAAGACUGUCCCAUCUUAAACCCUCCAGUGAAGGACUUGCAAUUGUGACCAAAUAUAUUACUAAGGGCUGGAAAGAGGUCCAGGAAUUGUAUAAAGACAAAGCACUUUCUGUAGAGACGGAAAAAUUAUUAAAGUAUCUGGAAGCUGUAGAGAAGGUGAAACGCACAAAAGAUGAACUGGAAGUCAUCCAUCUGAUAGAGGAGCACAGGCUGGUUAGAGAACACCUUCUGACAAGUCACUUAAAGUCCAAAGAGGUGUGGAAAGCUCUGUUACAAGAAAUGCCUCUUACUGCAUUACUAAGAAACCUAGGAAAGAUGACUGCUAAUUCAGUGCUUGAGCCAGGAAAUUCAGAAGUGUCUUUAGUAUGUGAGAAGCUGUGUAAUGACAAACUGUUAAAAAAGGCUCGUAUACAUCCAUUUCAUAUUUUAGUUGCAUUAGAAACUUAUAAAACAGGUCAUGGGCUCAGAGGAAAACUGAAAUGGCGUCCUGAUGAAGAAAUUUUGAAAGCUUUGGAUGCUGCCUUUUAUAAAACAUUUAAGACAGUUGAGCCAACUGGGAAGCGUUUCUUGCUGGCUGUUGACGUCAGUGCUUCUAUGAAUCAGAGAGUUCUGGGGAGUGUCCUCAAUGCCAGCACUGUUGCCGCGGCGAUGUGCAUGGUUGUCACACGAACAGAAAAAGAUUCUCACGUAGUUGCUUUUUCAAAUGAAAUGGUACCAUGUCCCGUAACUACAGAUAUGACUUUGCAACAGGUUUUAAUGGCUAUGAAUCAGAUCCCAGCAGGUGGCACUGAUUGCUCUCUCCCAAUGAUCUGGGCCCAGAAGACAAACGCAGCUGCUGAUGUGUUCAUUGUGUUCACUGACAACGAGACCUUUGUCGGGAACAUCCACCCAGCUGUUGCUCUGAGGCAGUAUCGAAAGAAAAUGGAUAUUCCAGCUAAAUUGAUUGUUUGUGGAAUGACGUCAAAUGGUUUCACCAUUGCAGACCCAGAUGACAGAGGCAUGUUGGAUAUGUGUGGCUUUGACACUGGAGCUCUGGAUGUCAUUCGAAACUUCACACUAGAUGUCAUUUAACCAUAAGCACCAGCCUGAUUCAGGUGGCCCACUGCCAUUGGUGAUCUCACUGCAGACAUGCAGCUACUUCCCAGCUCAUCUGAAUCCCGUGAAAGAUGUGAAGAUGAUGGCCUAGUAUGUGUGUAAUGGGAAGUUUACCUUACCAAAAAAAAAAAAGAAAAAGAAAAAGAGGGAAGGAAAAAAUAGAUAAGCCCAAAGUUCUUUCUGUCUGCUAAAUAGCAGCUGGGAAGUAGCUUCAGAAUACACUGCAGCUCCCUCUAAUAGAGAACUUCUUGUUGAUCAACACUGUAAACUGUCCAACAGGUUUGCUUUGGUAAAUACUCACAUUUGUAUUUAAAAGAAGAGCCAAAUUUGUAAGUAGUUCCAUAUCAUGUCACUUAUUUGAAAAGUGCUUAAAAGUUUUCUUAAAUGUUUUCACUGGGAGAGGACAUCUUUGAUCACGUCCACAUUCUCUGAAGUGCACUGGACCACGCAACUGUGAUGGCGCAUCCGACUCCUCUGUACACUUUAUACCAAGGGGCUAACACAAAAACCAAGAUGGUUGAUUAAGGUAUGAGUGGGUUUUCACAAAUUCCUUUAAGAAUUUUUAAGAUCACAUAAAUAGCAGCUUUCUUAUUCAGUGAAAAAUAUUUUGUGUUUUUAUGUUUUAUUUACUCUUGUAGAAUUAUUGCCAUUAACCAGAAACAUAAUGGAAGUUUCUGGGAAGGGGACUCCAAAGUGUGUGGCAGCUGAGGAAUUCUCUUUGGAUUAUUUCAUUUGUUUUGGUGUAUUUUACUGCUGUGACUCGAGGGUGUGAUUUGACAGUUUCCUCCAAGUCAUAGCAACAUAGCCACACAGUCAUACUUUCUUUUUUUUAUACCCUUAGGUGAAAACAACAAAGUGUUUCAGCAUUUAACUGACCCAUUCAUAAUCUGAAAGUAUGACAAAAUCUCUACUAUAAUCCGAUUAGAUUUUUCCUUACUGUAAAAUAUUGCUCUAAUUUCUUUUAACUAUUUUUUUUAGCCAAACUGUAAAUGGGUUUUAGAUAUUUUCUAAUUGUAAACAUGUCAAUAGCCUCUUUGUUAUUCAUUGUAGCAAGACAUUCUUUUUUGAUAGAGUAAAAAAUAAUAAUAAACUAGGUCUUUCAGAUUUGAAAGGCCAUUUUUGAGUAGCGUGUUACCACUUACCAGUCUGUAAGAAAGUAUUUUUUUCUACUUUGUGUAUAUUAAACUUCUUUUCAUUAUGCUAAAGUGCAUUAUUUUCUUGAGCAGAUACCCCUUCUUUGUGGGGAGGUUUAACCUGUUCGAACACCAGUUCCUUUGCUUAUAUCAUGGUUGUUUAAGCUUACACAAAACUUUAAUGUUUAUGUACUUCUUAGUAAUUGAGAAUUUAUGCAGGAUUUUAAUAAAUCUCUUAUCACGUAAAAAGGCAGACUAGUAAAUGUAAAUUGUAGUCUUAUGUGCUUGGGGUUAAACCAGAGGGUUUGUGUUUCAGGGUUUAGGGGGAAUUUAGUAGUGUUAGAAUUUGUAUAGGUACUAUGUUCUUUUCAUGGGAAACUUGGUCUCCAGGGAUGACAAGAAAAUGUUCCUUUCAGACUUAUUUGCUAUAUUAAUGCUAGCUCUUUUAUGUAGACUUCAAGGAAACAUAUAGCAACUUGUAAAUGUUGUGAUUUACCUGAGGCUUUGGAGCCAGCACAAUUAGUUAGCAACCCUCCCGCAACAAAAAAAAAAAAACAUUGUUUCUGAUGUCAUUUUGUUUUUAAUCUUCUAUCAGACAUUGGGUUUAACAUCUUAGCUGUUGGUAUAAAGAACCUAAUAGAAUUGUGUUAUAGUCCUGGAACUCAAUGUAAAUGCAAGAUCUUCUUAAUUCAAAAAUCUUAAAGUAUUCUAACUUUUUAUUCCUAAUUGAAAUAAAAGUAUACUUCCUUCAGUUAUGUACCAUUCCCAUAGUGUUUUCAGACAGAUUAUUCAGGAAUAUUCAUUAUAUUCAUAAUACUAAAUCAGAGAAAUAAGGUUAGAUGUGACCUUUUUGAAGUAUUUAGGUUAGUUGAAUUAAACGGACUAGGAUAUGGUUUAAGAAGGAAGGAAGAAAAAAACUAAAAGGCACCUCAGAAGGUACCUUUAUUUUCAAAUUUGGGAAGAGCUAGAACAAACCUUUGAAAUGUAAAAGGUAAUUUUUUUUUUUCUUUUUUAAAUUUAGGUUAGGGAGCUAGGUUCCAAGAAGUGUGGCUUUGGGACACUAGAUCUAGAAAUUUUCUUCCCAAUAUUCAUAUCCCCACAAAAUGGGGAAACACUAACUUACAAGAGUAGGAGUGAAAACAGAAUUAUUCAAGACUUGUAUCUUUUAGGUAUUAAGAAAUAAUGUAUAUACAUGAUUGCUGUAGGAGUAGAAAAACAGAAAUUGUAAACAUAACUUUCGUAGUUCAUAGUAAUCCUCAAGCACAAUUAAUGUCUUAAUAAUCUAUGUUGCUAUAUAAUACAGUCCUAUAGAAAAAUAAAAAACUUUACCUCAUUAUGAAUAAAAUAUACUCAAGCGAUAAAGAAAUUUUAUUUUCUGAAUUACUUUUAGGAUUACUGUUCUUUAGUAUUUACGGAAAUGUUGCUUAAAAAAUCUUAAGAAAAAUUAAUAAACUCUUACUUCCUAGAAAAUAUGUAAAUAUUUUCAGGAUAUAACUAUAAUUAGUAAAACAAAAAUUAAUCUUAAAAUUUCUACCCUUGUUGAAAUUCUUUGAAAAUUCCAUUAAUUAACAAUGUCAUAUUAUUUAGUGUAGUAAGUAUUUUAUAGGUAUGUUGUUGAGGAAGAUACUAGCAAAUGGAAUUCAGUGUUACCCCUCUGGAAAUUUUUGGUUUUUCUAACCUACUGUGUGACUGUAGAGCCCAAUUUCACCUCUGUGAUUCAGUUUUGUUAUUUUUAUAAAGUAACAUCUGAUGCUUAGAUCAUAGGAAAAUCAUUUUUAAUAUCUGUAUAAAAGUUUAAAUUGGGAACAGGUCUUGCAAUACAGAUUAGAACUUAAUGUAUUUUUAAAGACAAAAUGUUUUAGGAAAAUAGACUCAAUAAUUUCUUAACAUUUCUCUGAGUGGGAAAAAGUGGAAGAAAAAAUUUCAUUGUAAAAGUAUUGACUAAGAAGUCACUGUUCUCUGAUCAAGAGAAAGAAGAGUUUAUUCCAAGUAGUACACCCCCCCCCCCACCAUGGACCUAGAAAAACAAACUCAAUACUCUUGUCUAAAAAAAAGGAGAUGCCAUCAACAAACAUUUGCUUAAUCUUUUAAAAUAACAGGGAAAUUACAAACAACUGAAUACUAUUUUAUCAGGAGCUUUAUUUUUCCUCUCAUUUUGAGAUUUUGCAAAAACAAUGUAGAAUUAUUUUGAAAAUAUAAGGCAAAAUUCCUGAAUCAAUUUGAGGAAGUGAGAAACAUCUAUAAAAGCACAAUGAAGCUACAUCUAAACCAUAAAGGGAAAUCAGUAUGAUCACUUAUUAGGUCAAAUUAAAAAUAAGGUCUUAUUCACAAGGACAAAUUUCUUGGUAAGCGAUAUGUUUACAGUAAAUAAUAACAAAAUGAAAAAUUCUACUCCUGUAUACCAUAGGUUUGGGCUGAUUUAAGGCAGUAACAUUUAGAAAAGUGUCAUAUAGCCUCAGUGUAAACAUGCACAAAGAAUUAGGAAAAGGGAUAAGGUAAGCUGUGAGAUUAGUUGCAUUUACUGUAUGGAUUUACUAUUUCCCUAAUAAUUAGCUAAUCUCUUAUUUGUUGGAAGACUACUUUUAUACUUCUAUUUUUCUUCUAAAAGUCCUUCUGAUAUUUUUCUCUUCUGUUUUUCUUUUUUCUAGUCUUGUUCUACCUGGGUAAUAAAAUGAAUGAUAGGAAAGUCACCCAUAUUAAGGUUUAGGGUGAAUUUUACAGAUUGCAUUUUGUUCCAUACAGAUUGACGAUCAUAUUUUUUUCAAAUUAAUAAUGGGAAGGCCUCUUGGAACAAUAUAUUGUUACAGUUUUUCCCCAAAUCCAGUUAUGUUGUAUACCUUUUGUUAGAUAUUUGCAUAAAUUUUGUGGCCUUUGAGUAAGAGCAGCUAUUCAGCCUUUGUUUGCAGUUACAGACAGAUGUACACAAAGCACUCUUGAUCUUCACAUUUGCAAAAUUAAAAGGCCACCAUCAGAAUCUUUGGUGUACUAAGUACUUCACUGAGCUUACACGCACAUGACAACUUCUGGCAUAAAAGGUCUUGUAAAUAACAUGUUCACCUUCCACAAUUUUGGGGGCGGGUCAAACCAUUUUAUUGAGGGUUGAAGGGGUGGGAGGAUGAGAUCCAAUGUGCUCGGCUUGUCUGGGAUCCCCCCAGCUUCACAGCUGCAGAAGGCUCACCUUCAACAUUUUUUUAAAUUGGUGAGCUUUUUAUCUGCUUUUGAAAAAUUAUUAAGAAGUUAGUUUUUAAAAUAAUACUGUGGUAAUGUUUUUCAUGUAAAAAACUAAUGGAGUGAAGCAUACUAUUUGAAUAAAAUUAUAAUAAAUGACAUACUUCCAUAAACCCUGAAAAGACCAAAUUAUGUAGAAAUUGGUAGAAACAUAAACUGCAGGAGUCACAUUAAAAAAUUGUAUUACUGAAAUUAGGGUGAUAAUUUUCAGUGAGAAUGAAUUUUGUAAAUACAAUAAAAAUGAAAAUACACUAAAGCUAUUUGUAAACCUAAAGAGAUUUUUCUCUUUGUUUCUGUUCACCACGUGUCAUAUUAACCUUAUGAACACAUAUUUAAUUUUAAAAUUUAUUUAAAUUUCAGUACUUUCAGAAGUUAUUAGAAUCUGUGCUUGCACAAAAGAAAUAGUAAGCUGGUUUUGCUUAAUGAACCCUUGGAUUAUUAACGGUGGUGACUGAGGUUAAAGCCUUACUAUUUUAUGUUAAUUGGAACUUUUGUUUAAAUUACUUGUUAGGCUUUAUUUGCAGUGUAAACUGUUUAGAAUCCAUACCAGCCAAAUUAAACUUUGAAUAUACAUUUGAUGAAUAGUAGCCAAGAAAAAAGUUUUUAUUGCACUAUUCUAAAUAUGGACUAAUUGGUAUGGUGUGACUAGAUAUAACUUUUAAUAGUGCAUUUGAGUUAUAAUUUCUUCCUUUUAUUGCCAGCUCUUGAUAAUGAUGAAAUUUCCCAAAGGGAUGAAUAUAUAUCUCCAAAGGGACACACACACACCUGUUUUUUAAUUGGUUGAGGGAGAGGUGUUAUCUAGUUCUAAAUGUGCAUUUGCUUUGUAUAAAGGCUUUGAUUUUCCAUAAUUGACCACUUGAGGAAUAUUUAAAUUACACAGACUAAUGCCUGCAUAGAAUAAAAUUUAAGUAUGCAAGAGCCUUAAAGUGAAAAACAUGAUCUUUUUGACUGCCUUAAAAUACGACUAGCUCUCCAGCACAGGCAUCCCAAUUCCUUUCCAUGGGGUCUGUUCGGUAAGUAAUGCCUUAAUAUUAAGUGUUAGUGUUUCUGAAGUACAGAAUGCACAGUGUCUCUUAGAGCUUCACUUUUAUGUAAUCAAUGGGACUUGAACUAUUACAUUUUAAAACCUGGUUGCACAUUAACAGGGUAAUCUGGGACACUGAUGUGUAAUACGUACAUGACUGUUAACAUCAGUAAUAUAUUGUGGUAGUUUGAGGGGGUUUUUAUUGUUUUGUAUAACAAAUUAUCCAAGAAGCGGGACUUUAUGUAACAUCUUCAAGGAUCAAGUUGUAUCUUUAAACACUGAAAAGUACAGUUAUAAAGUUCCAAAAAUGGUUAAUAUUUUAAGGGAAUUUUUCAAGACAAAAACAUUUUGUUUUGAGCUUACAAGCAAAUUUCAUUCAAAAGAGUGAAUGUAGUUGUAAAACACUGCACUGUUGCAAUAAAAAGUAUCCAGGCCAGUGAUUUGUUCCAUUACAUUCACAUUUUUACCUUCACUUUGCCUUUCAAAGCAGGAAUCUUUUAUAAACUGAAAGAAAACUUUAAAUUGCCAAGCUGGUGCUUAGAAUUAUAAUUUAUAACAAGUGUAAUUUUAAAGGAAAAGACCCUGAAGCAGCAGGGGAGGUCCUAGGUCUGUUUGUUGAAGAACUCCUGAUGCUUUGUUGAGUCUUCCAAGUUUUCAGUGUAAAUAAAAUACCUAACAAUGUAAUUUUGCUGUUUUCUGAUAGAAAAUGGAAGAAAUUCUAAUGUAUUCAAUUUAUUUUAUGAUAAAACGGUUUUCGCCCAUACUGUGAAAUCUGGACUUUCUAUCUUUGCAAAACACCACCCUGACAAGACCGUCAUAGAUAUGGAGCGCAGGCGGGUGCUGUGUGAACUGUCGCUGGUCCGUUGUAUCACGUAGAGAUGGAUAGAAGUACCAAAUAAACUCUAUGCACUUCAAA